UGUCCUAGGCUAGGACUUUAAGGUGAGAGUCAUUUGUUAGAGACUCUGGUCCUGGAGUUGAGGAGUAUGGUGCAUAAGGCCUUAGUUCUGGAGAUGAAGGGUCUGCUGCAUGAGCCAUCAGUGCUGUAUUGCGUCCUGAAUAUCGAUACAAGGUUGAUUUGAGAAGACUUGGCUUCAGUGCCUCAGGCGUAUCCAUGAGCUCUGAUUUCCAGCAUUACAGUUUCAGAAUGCCUAACAUCGGAUUCCAGAAUCUGCCUCUCAACAUAUACAUUGUGGUUUUUGGAACUGCAAUUUUUGUCUUCAUACUUAGUUUACUCUUCUGUUGCUACUUAAUCAGGCUGAGACACCAGGCCCACAAAGAAUUUUAUGCCUACAAACAGGUUAUAUUAAAAGAAAAAGUUAAAGAACUGAAUUUGCAUGAGAUCUGUGCAGUUUGUUUGGAAGAUUUCAAGCCCAAAGAUGAACUGGGGAUCUGUCCAUGUAAGCAUGCCUUCCACAGGAAGUGCCUCAUUAAGUGGCUGGAAGUUCGAAAAGUGUGCCCCCUCUGCAACAUGCCUGUUCUACAGUUGGCCCAACUGCACAGUAAGCAGGACCAUGGUCCCCCACAGGGGCCCCUCCCUGGAGCAGAGAACAUAGUAUAGCUCUUCCCAUGAAACGGACCCUUGCACACACGAUAUCGAAAUGAACCCCAGGCAGAGAAUUUCAAGUCUCUGAAUUGGCCAUUUCCUGCAGUGAUGCACCAGUGAUCCCCAUGUCUCCUGACAAGCUCGGAGCCCAAAUGUUUGGAUCUUGUCACCACCAGAACCCUCUGCGACCAUCCGGCGCCUAAGCCUGCAGACGUGGGUGUCGGGAAGCACUGGCUGCAGGAGGAUCCCCUGUGAGCUUUGUCACCGUAUGUGCAGCCCAAGCACUUGUGUCCAAGUAGAGUUUGUCUUUGCUAAGCAAGAAUGGGUGACAGUAAGUGUGAUAGAAAGAAGUGGACUGCCAGGUAAAGACAUGUGCAGACCAUGCAUGGAACUUUGCAGCAACAGAACGCUUCCUGUCGUCCCCGAGCCAAGUCAGCCAGCAGUUACCUCAUGAUGGACCAGUGGUUGGUGAGGCCAGCAGUGCCCGCUCAAGGCUCACUGACAUUCUGUCCCUUGAGGGAGGCUUUCUUAGAAUCCUGUGGUUCUCAUGAAAAAUCCUGAGCAGCUGUGGGCCUCACACCCAGUGGGCACGGCACGUUUUCACCUGGAAACAUGGCAUAUGCAAGAGUGAGCAAAGGCCAAAGGAAUCUGUGACUCUGUUCCAUAGCGCUUCACCCUGGAUUUUCGCUUCUGUUCAACCUCCAGGCAUCAAAUGAUAUGACACAGAUAAAGAUCUGGUCUGGGCAGAAACGAUCGUGUUCUUAUCAGGACUUCAGCCUGCCAGAACUGAGUAACCAAACUUCUCCACAAGUGAUGGGGGCAGCCAGAAGACCCACGGGGACGGGGAGCUUCUGGACUGGGUCAUCGUCACCCCGGAUGACUCAGAGUGAGUCCACAAUCACACAGUGUUCACAGACUGGGCCACCAAUGGAUAUACUGACUGUGUAGUCAGACUGGACACAAACUCCCCUGAAAAUCAGCACCCUUAAAAAGACCACAUACCCAAGGCCAGGCUGAACUUGACAAAGUGAAGAAUGUUGCUCCCACAACCUUUUCCUUUCUUCUGUUCUCCAAAAAACCUGUCAAUCCAACCCCAGUUCUGCCUUUUGCUUCUUGCUCUCCUCUCUCCAUCUCUUGUUCUUGUUAGAAUGAAACACCUGUUGUUGAGUUUCAGGUUAGUUCCAAGGCACUGUACUUCAAACAUCCCACGGAGAGAGCACUCAGUAUUUUCAAAAAUAUUUGAACUUAUAAAUAUUGUCUUCAGCAGCACAGGGUUAAGGACCCAUUGGUUGUGUGUUUAGCUUUGUACUUGGAUCUGGAACACUUCAUUGGUUUAAAGCAUAUUUACAGAAGAAUUUAGAUGGCUUUUUUUCUCCUUGGCACUCACAAAUUUUUAUAGAAGUGACUCAAAAGUAUCUGAUCUUUGAGGAUACCAGAAUAUUUUGUAAAUUAACUCUUAUAAAGAAGCAGAUGGUCUGGUUAGCUACUUUCCACAGUCCAUCCUACCUGCUUGGCAUAAUUUCUUUACAGCCCUCAUUAUGUCCACAUAGGCUGCUAUGCCUUUAAGAUGUCCCACACCUGUGGGUGGUAGGGACUUUUCUCUUUGGAACAUGGCAGGUGCAAGAUUGAACCAAAAGGAAGAGAUUUCAUCUUCAAGUGCUUCAAACUUCGCACCCUCAUCCCCACCGUCCAUUAGAAAUUUUAAAAAAGGAGCAUUCGGUUGAUUCAAGGGUUAAGAGGUUAGAGAAGGCAAAUUAUUAUCAGUUCGAAAGAACACUGAAGGUUAAGUUCACUUUGGAAACUGCUGCUCUGGUGAGCCAUGAUGGACUGUUUCCUAUGUAUGACCUGUGUGUUCUCUGCAGGCUGUACUGUUUCCUUAACAAGGUAGUGGAAGUGAAGACUAUUUUUAUAAUAGAGUUUUAACCUGUUCAACUCCAUGCUUGUUUCCUCAGCCACUAAUAGAAAGGAUACCAGUUACAAGCACUCCUACCUUCCCUCUGACUUAAAACGUCUUUCCUUUUUCUGUAUUUGUGGCAGUUGUUAAAUGUCAGGAAACCAGUAGAUAUGCCUGAGCUUUGAUGAAACAGGUUUACAGUGAAAUAUUUUUAGCGACCAACGUCAAGAGAGAAGAUUUGGCUUGUCUCUGGAUCUUUACAACUUAGUUGUAUUGUUUACAGCCAGAUCCUAGAAUUUUCCAGGAACGUGGAACAGCUUUGGAACAACCGCCGUUUCUUCCAUGUUGGGCUACAAUCUGAAUAGAAGUCGGAAGUCUGGAGACUGGGGAAGCUUUUUAGCUUGUGCUUCUCCUUCCCCUCCAGAGCAGUUUUCUUCUACCCCAGCUGUCUAUGGAAUUGCAUCCUUUGGGGCAUGCUGACUUCCCUGCUUCUUUGGGUAGGGGACCUCAGCAAGUGACUUUAUUUUUUAAGGGCAAAACAUUUUAGUUCAAUAUCUUAAAUAUGGUUUUCAGCUGCAAGCUUGUUCAGAUAUUUACCCUGUAAUCCCAACUGAACUCCAGUCUACUGAAGACCAAAGCAGUAGAACCAAAAUGUCUUAGUAUUUGCAGAUCAGAAACUUGGUACAGUCAUUACGGAUGUCCAUCUCAUGUCUACAGUAUGGACAUGUGGUUAAUGUCUAAGCAGAAAAUUGAAGCUGUCCCCACAAAUCCAUCUUGACACUUGUUAACAUGCAGUAUGGACUGAGCUUAAGAAGGAAGUCAAUUGAUAGAAUGGAGUUGUGGAUUACAGAAAUCUCUACCCUUGGUUCUGCUUCGUCAUGAGCUCCUCUAAUGUAGUAUAAGGAUACCGUGCCAAAAGCCAAUCACAUCUCUCCGUCUCUUAAGCCUUAUGACUCUAGCGACCCUGACCCAGGAGAUAAUAGAGGUAUAGAUUCCAGAGAGUCUUGGUGCUGGGAGGGACUGACGAGAUCCUCUCAGCCAAGCCAACAGGUCCUUGCUUAAAGACCUUCACCAGUUGGAAUCUCUGCUCUUUCUCGGACUAGUUCUGCACUGAUAUAAGUACUAAAUGGGCUGUGUUUGUGUACUCCUUGAAUUCUGGCCAAAACACCAGUAUUAAAUCCAAGAUAGAGCAAGAAGGAAUGAGGAAGAAAUCCCUUUGAUCCUUUCAUCAAGCCGAAAGCCCUGGUAAAGUCACUGGUACCAUCUUAUCUCUUAAUGUCCCUUGGUGAAGAGCCAGGGGGAUCUUAGCUGUUUGUUUAGAUGCCUGGGGACCUUUGCCUACUUACUGAUCAAUGAUUUUUGUGAAGAAAGGAAGCUAAAAAGUUGGACUAUGCCAGCAGGCUCUCGGGUCAUCAGAGAAACACUCUGCUGGCCACUGAUUCACCUUCUCCAGCUGCUGAACUGGAAACUGUUGUAUUCAUUGGGGUUCAGGGAUAGGAUACGGAAACCAGGGUGCUUUGAUUCCAGGCCAGGAGGCAGCACAGGCCUUCCUGGCUUUCUGAGCUGCUUGGUUUCCUGUUAGGGAGGAAUUCAGUUGUUCUGUCCCAUCGCAGAGCCUGUUGCGUUUUUUACUUCCUCAGCUGUGUUGAAGAUAGACAGGAUACCUGCUAGGAGGUAUUUAGGGACAAUGAAUAAAUGAACAAAUGAAAAAGUAUUCAGCACCUCCUACUCUGUGCCCAUUGUACUAGGUGCUGGGAUACAAAUGCAAAAGUAAGGUAGAUGAUCCCUGCCCUCAGAGAGCUUACAGUCUAACAAUGGAGACAACAUCUGUAGAUCAGAUCUUGAACAUGAAGCUAGUUGUGCGUGUAUUUUUUUCACUGUUUGCUGAAUCCCUCAUACCUAGAACUAGCCCGUAUCACUUGGCAGUGGUAAUGUUAUUACUUAUCAUGAUGCCUAUUACUGCAUCAUGACACACUAACAACAUGAUUAGGCCAGUCCAUGACCAACAGGGAAAUGCUUUUCAGGCCAGCACCCCUUCAGUUACAGCAUGGACCUCACUGGAGUAGUGAGACUUCCCUGGGGCACUGGAUUCCCUUCAGGCUUUGAUGGUCCCUCAGAGUGCUGCCCAGGAACCAGUGGCCCCUGUACCUUCCCAUUAGGAACAGAGACCUCAGCCUAUACUCUGAUCUUCCUGGGCUAAAGCCUCUCCCUACUUCACAUGGCUCGCCCAUCCAUUGCUUUCUUGUCCUGUAGUGUUCAUGACUACCUCAGAUGCACCACUGCCCACAGCUGGAGCGGGGGACAAGGGUGUCCCCCCUCGGUGAGCUCAUCGGUGCAUCUUCACACAUCACCCCAACAGAGUGAUAGGUCCCCAGAGCUCAUCCCUGGGGUUGGCUGACUGGUGAGGGGAGCCCUCAGCCCUUCCAUUGGUCGUAGUCAGUUCAUCUGGAAAUACUGAUUCCAGAAUCACGGAACAAAUGGAGUUAACAUUUUUUGAAACACAUUCCUUUCCAGUAAGGCAUAUCACUGGCUUGGUUGCAACAUAAUGGAAUUCUUUGUUUCUGUACAAAUUAGAAACUUUCCAUUCCCUCCCUCACCCUUGCCAUAAAUGCCCUUGAUUUGACCUUUUAAGUGCCCAACUGAAUAGUGAUCAGAUCUAGACCUUGUCAGAGCAUUCAUGGUAGCCUGAGCCAAAUACAUGGGAGUGGCAGUACAAUCAAUGUUCUUAACUUCCCUUGGUUUAGCCAGGUCUUUUCCAUUGAUUGUUAAAGCUCAUUGAAACGUUUCCCUUAUCCUCAGCAGUUCCCUAAUAAAGAUGAAGACUCCAGAUGUGACGGGAGGUGGAUGAAAAGGAAAGGGGCCACAAGCGGCUUAUUAGACUGCCUAGAAGAUCUCCUCUCCUUACCUCCCUCCCCACCCCUCCCCCAUCCUUGUACAUGGAGGGCUGACCUGCAUUUGUUUUCCAGCUGGUGAGCUGAAAAGGCCCAGGGUCCUAGUGGCAGCUAAACUGGCUUGUAACCAUACUUGGAAUUAGCUAUAUAUAUGCAUGCCAUGUAUAUUAUUAUGUGUACCAUAUUAAUUCAUUUAUUUUCCUUUUUCCCUGUGUUGUUUUGAGGAGAAAACAAGAAUGAUUUUUUUUUAACGUAAUUCCUUCCCUACACAUCCUUUUAUCCUAUUUUGAAACAAACUGCUGGGAGUAUAGUCUUCACUAAGCCAAACAUGGCUUACCCUGGUCGGGAAAGGAGGGCUUUCUGUUGUGAAUUGUGGGGAUCACUGAUGUAUCACUUGAUGCAGAUGUGGUUGUAUGUUUUUUGAGGUCAUGGGAACGUUGUCAUAGUUAUCCAUUUUUACUUCCAUAGUUGUUCAUUGGUUGGGGGAGGAAUUAUGUUAAAACAGAAAGAGCACUGAAUUUGGAACCAAAAGAGCCAGGUUCAAAUCCUGACUUGCUACUGGUGUGACCAUGGGCAAGUCCCUUCUUGUCUCCAGACUUCAGUGUGCUCCUCUGUAACCCAAGGGGCCUAAAUCUAUAUGUAGAGUCAUGAGGGUUAGUGUAUCAUCCUCCCAUGGGGUAUUCUCUGGUAGGGUCAGUAAGUGAGCCUAUCCAGUGAACUCAGGCCACAUCUCCAGUCCCCCACUCCAGUAAGGCAGGCUGAAGGUUUGAAAAGCCCUUUCUUCACAGUAACUGUGUAGGAGGCAUCACAAGUAUACGAUCCCUGUUUUACAGCUAAGACUGAAAGCCAGAGAACUUGUCACUUGUCUUGCAUCACAUGGCUAGUAAUUCUGGACUUAGAAUAUGAAUCCAGAUCUCCUCUACCACCAAGUCCAGUGCAUGUCCCACUUGGUCAGGCUGCCUCUCUGCUCAUCUACAAAUUGCACAACAGAACAUGAUCCAGAGCCAUGCACCAUUUCCCCCCUUGUCUCUUCUCACUCCUGGCCUGGACCACAAGGCAUGUGGUUCCCCGUGGCCUGCCAGUAAACUUGGGCUGUCCUAACCCUGGACCCAAAACACUUGACUCCUGAGCCUUGAAACUGAAACUUGAAAGAAAAAGCAAUCCUAACUAGAAGCACUUUUCAGAUCUCAUCGGACUUUCGCCAUUCAUCCAUCUCUCUCAGAUCCACAGCCUGACUUUAAACAUUUCUUCACCCAAACUGCAUGGGAUUGUUGAAGAAAAGGAAGAGUGUUGUGCACUUGAUUGCAUUGAACUUUGCCUCUGGUUGCUGUCUGGCUCUCUGGAUAAGUAAAUUGCUGUGUUUUUAAUAAAUGAAGAUAAGAAUCUCAAAGAUUAGGACAGAUUGCAGAGUGGGGCAGGAAAGCGGAAUUCAGAUGCUUACUCCCAUUUUAUAGUAUGUAAAAAUAUCUUGAAAACUAAGUAUUUUGAAGUUCAGAUUUAGGAUCUGUGUUUGUAGAGAAAAGUAGUUCUAAUCAGCAUUAGUUAAGUGUCUGCUGUCUUCAUUUGCCAGACUACAUUUUGUGUGAGUGGCCAAGGAUUCCAAAAUCUGAACUGUGUACCCUUACCCUCACUGUGAGGUAUGAACUCUUGAUGCUGGAACAGAUUUCUCCUAGAACCUAAUCCCUACAGAUGUCAAUAGAACUCGUUUCUAACUGCACUAAGGCUGCCCAAAUCCUGAUACCAGCACCUGGUCCCCAGAAUCAGUGCCAUCAUGUUAGCUGGGGACAGGGCUUAGGCCCCAAGUCAGCCUGAACAAAGUAUGCCAAGAUACUGCUCCUCAGGCAAGCUUUCCUAAGAUCCCUGCUGAUCGUUUCUUAACCCUUGGGAUGGCUGGAAUACCGUUCUCCUUUAACAGAAUAGUUGCAAGGCAAGACAUCUACUAUUAAAGAAUGAAUAGACAGUGACUGUCUCCAAUGAAAGAAUCAACAGAUCCUCCCAUUCCUGUGAAAGGGAGUGUUUCUAGUCACUGGGUUUGUGUCUUAUGACAGAUCCCAGAGGUAAUCUUUGUGCAGUGUUGCCCAUGGGUUAUUUAAGUAGAUAUCGUGUAACUCCUGAAAAAGUUUAUGAAACUCUGAGCCUCUGGUUUCAUAGACAUAUUUGUACACUAAAAAUUCUGCAGCAGAAUAUUUUUUAAAACAUUCGCUGUUUUUGUAAGCUAUAUUUUUGUAUAUUUAAUUGCUAUUUUAAAAUUCUAA